GGGACGAACGUACGGCCGCGCCGGGUGCCUGAAGGGGCGGGGAGCGGAGCCCGCGCCGCUCGCCGUCCGUGCCCAGCCGCACGCUGCCGUGGCGCCGGCCCGGAAAAUGAUCCACAGCCUGUUUCUUAUAAACUGUUCUGGUGAUAUCUUCUUGGAGAAGCACUGGAAGAGUGUUGUGAGCCAGUCUGUCUGCGAUUAUUUCUUCGAAGCUCAGGAGAAAGCAAUCGAUGUUGAGAAUGUGCCUCCUGUCAUCUCAACUCCACAUCACUACCUCAUCAGCAUCUAUCGGGAUAAAAUCUUCUUUGUGUCUGUCAUACAGACAGAAGUGCCACCACUCUUCGUAAUUGAAUUUCUGCACCGAGUAGCAGAUACUUUCCAGGAUUACUUCGGCGAAUGUUCUGAGACGGCAAUUAAGGACAAUGUAGUAAUUGUGUAUGAACUUCUAGAAGAAAUGCUAGACAAUGGCUUUCCACUGGCAACAGAAUCUAACAUACUGAAGGAGCUGAUUAAGCCUCCCACAAUUUUGCGCUCUGUUGUCAACUCCAUCACAGGCAGUAGUAACGUGGGAGACACGCUUCCCACUGGACAGUUGUCCAACAUUCCUUGGCGCAGAGCGGGAGUAAAAUACACAAACAAUGAAGCCUAUUUUGAUGUCAUUGAAGAAAUUGAUGCAAUUAUAGACAAAUCAGGUUCCACAGUCUUUGCAGAAAUCCAAGGUGUUAUUGAUUCGUGUAUUAAGCUCUCAGGAAUGCCAGAUCUUUCUCUGUCUUUCAUGAACCCACGGCUGCUGGAUGACGUCAGCUUCCACCCGUGUAUUCGGUUCAAACGCUGGGAGUCUGAGCGGGUCCUUUCAUUCAUUCCUCCCGAUGGCAACUUCAGGCUCAUCUCCUACCGCGUCAGUUCCCAGAACUUGGUGGCAAUUCCUGUCUAUGUGAAGCACAUGAUCAGUUUUAAGGAAAAUACUUCUUCAGGAAGAUUUGACGUUACCAUUGGACCAAAACAGAAUAUGGGGAAAACAGUAGAAGGAGUAGUCAUGACAGUUCACAUGCCAAAGGCCGUUCUUAACAUGAACCUCACUGCUACACAAGGCAGCUAUACAUUUGACCCAGUUACUAAAGUGCUAACUUGGGAUGUGGGCAAAAUUACCCCUCAAAAGCUACCAAACCUGAAGGGCAUCGUGAACCUGCAAUCUGGAGCCCCCAAGCCAGAGGAGAACCCAAGUUUAAAUAUCCAGUUUAAGAUACAACAGCUUGCAAUUUCAGGACUAAAAGUGAAUCGCCUAGACAUGUAUGGAGAAAAAUACAAGCCUUUUAAAGGUGUCAAAUACAUUACAAAAGCAGGAAAAUUCCAAGUCAGGACAUGAGAAGAUGCUAAGAGGAAAUUCCCCUUAAAAAAACUUGACUGCUUAGUGACUUAUGUUGGUUAGGUGCCAAUUAAUUAAUAGACACUGAUUAGUUUGGGAUCAAAGCAUUUGUGCACAGCAGCUCUUAAAAUGAAAGCAUAGCUUAGUUUUUCUUAAUAUGGCUUUAAAAUAAGGUACUUUUUUUCUAUUACACUUUCACUCUUUUUUUUUUUACUGAAUUGUUGUGCUGGUGAAUAGUUUGAUAUGGGCAACCCACAGAAUGUUGCAAACACUACACUGCCAGUCAGAUACCAAAGCCCUGAGGUCAAGCACAUUUUGAAGGCCAGACAGGCCACUGGAAGUCUUCUGGUGGCACGUUUUGCUGCUGCAGCCACCUGUGAAGAAAGCUCAGUUCCACCCACAGCCAGCUGCGAGCUGGCAUUCCACAAAGCAACACGUAAUCCCUUCAGAAACAGAGAGCAGCAGUGAGGGGGGCAGGGGUCCCCCACCCAGGGCCUGGGACAUUGCAAGUGUCACUCCUAAAAAAGCUUCUGAUGAAGUAAAAACUAAUUUCUGUGUUGUUUACAAGAAAUCGCCUUUCUUAAGAAGCAUUUGCCUUAAUCAGCUUUCAUUUCUGCCAGCUGCAGAUGAGCUGAUAAAAAUAACAUCUGCAUUAAAACUGGGAGGUGAUUGUUGUUUCAGUAAUCCACUUUCUUUCCAUUCAAUCGCAUCAUCCCCAUCAUUUUUUUUAAGAAUACAGUUGCAGAGAGUAAGAUCUAUUUUUUAUGUGAAGCCUUUGCUUUGAUUUAGAUGUUCCACUUGUUUGAAGUGGAUGCCACCAGAUCUGUGCAGUGUGUACCUUUGAGCGUAGCUUUUUAGAUAGCACAGUAGAAGUGUCUAGUGUAUUUAAUGGUUGUGUGCUUUAAUGUUCUGAAAUAAAGGGAACUCCACUGCAAAUACGUCUCACCUUAUGAAGUGUUCAUGCUCUUGGAAACGAUUCAUGGUGCUCUUCAGCAGGAGGCAUCUGAUACACUAUUAAACAAUGACUGCUUGCUAUAUCUUUACUGAACUUGAGCACUGUGCAGCUGCUUAGAGUUUUAAAAGGCUGCUAAUAGCACAAUAGGUAAGGUCCCUUUCAUAUUUCUUAUUUUUAAAUGGAGGACAGAUAUUUAUGAUAUUUCAAAGGCUCAACAGUCAGAGCAAAGCUGACUGAACUUCUUGUUAUACACCGACAAAACCAUCUCUAAACCAAUUCAUACUCCAGAGUAGCUAUCAGGUUCCAAACCAUGCAUUUGGUCAGCAUCAAUUAAGGAUGGGAUACUGGAGACCCUUUGUUUGUCUAAUCUGUUUGUCUUACAAAUCAAUGAAUAGGUACUAGCUUUGCUUCAGAUGAAGAGUGAGAAUCAAAGUCACUUAGUAGUCAGAAUUUCAAAUACUGGGACAAAAAUGAUCCAGUCUGGAAAGAGGAGGGGAAAUCCACCUGAACCCUGGCAGCAAGUCACUAAGGAAAGAAAUGGGCAAACAGUUUCUAUUUGUAACUUCAGUAAUAUCAUUAGGGUAAACUUGGCCAUAAACAACCAUUUUGAAUUUUUAAAAUUACAGUAGAUAAAACAGCACUAUAAAGAACCAGCACUCUGUGUUUCAGCAAAUGGCAUCCUUCAGUUACUGUACUUGUAGAAGAAAUCUUGAAAUCUUGUUUUCAGAGGUAACAGGUAACCUUCCAGAAGUCUGAGCAGCUGGAGCUGCUUUCUGCAUUAGCAGCCUGGAAAUGCUGCCCCAUGGCCUUUCAGAGCUGACACCCUUCCUGAGCUAGGACAUACAGAAGUGUCAGAACUCCAGUCCCGACCUCAGUGCUGCCUCCCACCUGUGACUGAAGAAGCCCCACCCGCUCCAGGACCUCGGGCACCAGGGAGGCUCCCACAACAGCUGUUGUCAGGGGAAAGGCCAGCUCAUCACCACAACUCGCUGUCAGCAGGAACUGCACUCACCUUUAGGAAACCAGUCUAGGCAUGCAGAUGUGUUUUGUCAAGGAAAUGGUUGCAGGUGUGUGAGGCCAGUACCUUUUCUUGUACAUGUGCUGGUUCCCUCUGUAUCUCCAAACACAGGAAGCUCAACUGCAGAAGGGGGCCUGUGUUUCUGUUCUGUCUGAAAAAAAUAACAUACCAGCACUUCCCUGAAGAGUAGAGUUUAGGGAAUCAGAUGGUAUCAUUAGCAAGGAAUUACACUGUCAAGUUUUGAUCUCCCCUUCUCCUCAUGUCCAGCUUUGGGAGUGCUGACAAAGGUGGUUGUCUGUCAGGGUCUCAUCUUCUUUCAGAUAUGGAGAGAACUGUAAAUAGUACAAAACUCUGAAUUUUAUCAAUUAUUCCUAAAUACCAGGUGCACUCUGGGCCUAUGGGGCUAUGCUUGGUCCUAGAGUCCCAAUAAACAUUGAUUCCAACAAGUCAGAA